CGGAGGGAGCUUCAACUCUUGACAUCGACUUGGUGAUAGAAUGUUCAUGACAUGUCGGAAGACGGUGCCGAUCUGCUCGACUCGCCCUCGUCGCUCCACUCGGCCUAUCCCUUUCCCUCGUCCUACCAGCGCCGUCCUUCGCGCCGCCUGUCCAAUGACAGUACCAUCUCGAUAGCCUCAAUAGGCGGCUCCCUAGAUAUCAAUGCUCAAAGAGGCAGUCAUUCACUCAGGGAGGCCGGUCAGAACGCCAUCUCGACCCUCCUGCAACCUCCCAUAAUCCGCACUGGCCUCCUGACUCCGGCCGCCUCGACUUCCUCCACCUACCGUGCUCCCACCACUCGCGACAUUCCUCCCGUUACUCUGACCAACAUACCCAACGUCGACCCGUCUGCCUUCAAGCACUACAUCUCCCGCCUCGGUCCCCUGUUCGACAACCUCCAUCGUCUACGUCGCGACACAAAGUCCACCCAACAGACCCAUGUCCCGACGAGCCCCGUACUUAGUCGCCAUAACUCGGCCGCCUCUCUACUCUCUCCCACCGACUCUCCCCAGCCGACUCGUCGUUCUAGCGCCUAUGCGAGACGACGACUGAACGAGCCUACCCCCUUGUCCACCAUCCCCUCCGUUUACUUCGAUGAGAACUUCCAACUUGAGAACCCCAGGACCUUCGAUGUCGUCAGCGAACGCGCCGAAAUCGCCCCCGGAUCCGCAAAGCAAGAGCAGUCUGCAAAUGGUCUCCCUCUCCCUCCGCGAAAGGCUCUGGCUAGUAACGCCAUCCUGCAAGAGAAGCUGUCAUGGUACUUGGAUACCGUAGAGGUCCACCUCAUUCAGUCUAUUUCGUCCGCCUCGACUUCUUUCUUCGCUGCACUUGGCUCUUUGCGCGAUUUGGAACAAGAGGCUUCGGAUUCUGUCGCAAGGAUACAAAAGCUAAGGGCUGGUUUGGCCAAGUUGGAUCAAGAUAUGGCAAUCCGUGGUUUGGACGUCGCAAACUUGCGCAGGAGAUACCAAAAUAUGCAAAAGCUCGCCAAUGCUGUCGACCAAGUUGCCCGUGUUGUUCAGGAUGCAAAGGAUUGUGAAGAGCUGGUCGAGAAGGGUGAAUACGAUGCUGCUGCAAGUGCAAUGUUACGUCUCGAUCGCUUGAUCGCCGGACAACCGAAUCUCUCGUCAGAUGCUCCUGCCGCAGAGUUGCAUGAUUUGCGCUCCCUCCAUGCUCUCCAAGGUCUUUCUGACUCUAUGAACCAACUGCGCUUCCGCAUAGGCCGAGGCUUCGAGUCUCGCUUCCUCGAAACAUUACUAUCAGAUCUACGAAGGCAUAUCGAUCACGUUCCACCGAAAGACACUAUGCGCCGCUGGGCCAGUACAUCAAUGCGUUUACGAGGCUUGCAAUCUGGUCCGACGGCUUACAUGGAGAUUGACGAACAAUUCCGAAAAGAUCUGCUGGCUUCAUUGCACGGCUUGAGCAAUUCUGGCCAGACUGCACAAGCGACGGCUGAUUUCAGAGAGGCCAUCAUGAGGGAGAUGAAGCAUCUGAUACGGAAACACCUCCCUAGUUCCAAUGACGACGACAACGAGUCUGUCACGUCAGUUGCUACCCGCACUAGUAAAGCUGCGAGCCAACAAGAGAAGUCCAUAAUUCUCGCCAGAAACCUACGUGCCAUGGAUGAGGAGACUGCUGAAGAUAUGGUGGUCAACAUUUACACCGAUAUCAGUGAAGCUUUGCGACGUCUAAGUAUCCAGAUAAAGGUGCUACUAGAUGUCACGAGUACUAUGGACGCUCCGGACUCGCUGAAGUCACCUUUGAGUCCCAGUGUGAGGCCAGCCGAUCGAUCACGAAGUCCAGCACCUCGCAUAAGCGGGAUACAAGAAGAGUUGAGUCAAGCUCUGGACAUGUCUAGUCUGUUGGGUCAGGCAGUCGAUGUCGCGCAUACUCAGGUCACGAGAAUCCUCAAGGUCCGUACUGAGCAGGUGAACCAAUUACCUCUGGAGCGCUUCCUUCGGUACUUCACCAUCAACCGCUUGUUUGCCGACGAGUGCGAGGCCAUCUCAGGUCGCUCUGGCACUCAGCUCAAGGCUUUAGUGAACACGCAGAUCAACACUUUCGUGCGGGCAUUUGGCGAUGCCGAAAACCAGCGUAUUGCGCAGACUCUGGACUCGGAUCAAUGGGAGGCUAAGGACUUCAAAGAGCCAGACCAGGCAUUGCUCUCUCGCAUAUUGGAAGGCAUGUCCUCAGAUCCGGCUGUAUGGCUUCGAGGGACGCGUGUCUGGGAAGACCCAUCGCAACCAGAGUCCACUAAUGGCACCCCUGCACCAAAUGGCGAGAAUAAUGAUACAAAACCAGCUAAUCGUCCUGCUUACGUUGAUGAAACACGCUACAUCUUAGUUUCGUCUGCUAUUUCUCUGCUUCGCCCGAUCGACAACUUCCUUGCUCUGAUGGCCAGCAUACCAUCCAUCACCUCGGCCGCGGUGCCCGCUCUGAUCGAUGUUCUGCGAACUUUCAACUCUCGGACGUCGCAACUCAUUCUUGGCGCUGGCGCCACACGUAUUGCUGGCUUGAAGAACAUCACCACCAAGCAUCUAGCUCUCGCAUCGCAGGCGCUCAGCUUCGUUAUUGCCAUGUCACCAUACCUCCGUGAAUCGGUACGGAGACACGCAAGCUCGGCCAACAAGGGCGAAGUGCUUGGCGAGUUCGACAAGCUGAAGCGACUAUACCAAGAUCACCAAAUGGCCAUCCACGACAAGCUGGUUGAAAUUAUGACGGCCAGAGCAACAUCCCAUGUCAAUGCUAUGAAGAAGCUCGACUUCGACGCAGAGGCGAAGAAGAAUGCAGAUGGCACAAGCGCAUACAUGGAGACCUUGACGAAAGAAACAGGCACAUUACAUCGCGUGCUGAGUAGACACCUGGCGGACAUGGAUGUAACAGUCAUCCUGAGUCAAAUCUUUUCCAGUUACAAAGAACAAUGGCUCAAGGCUUUCCAAGGGGUGGAGAUCAAGACGGCGGCUGGCAAGCAGAGGCUUCUCAAAGAUGCACAAUUGUUCGACUCCAAGCUAAGCAAGAUCGAUGGCUUCGGAGACAUGGGUAAAACUCUCAUCGAUGCCGUAAGUGCAAAGACCGUUGUUCAGGAGAAAGCAGUUGUCCCACCGCCGCCACCGCCGUCCAAAGACGCAGACUUGAAGACAAUCGAGGUUGCAAAGGAGAAGCCAUUACCUGUAACGCCUGAGCCUGUCGAGAAGGAGAGUGAGAAGACAACGACUGAGCACCAGGAGGAAGACGAUGCGAAAACUUAGAGGAUAUAGAUAUGAAGAUACUCGACCACUAUUAUCGCAUUUUGUGCGAGAAACGACUUUUUGAUCAGACGAGAGCUCUCGCGAAGUUUAUGGCCAGAAACAGCUAGCUCGUUUGAAGAAAUUGUAGUGAAGGCAGGUGCCAUGCAUGGUUGGUAUACUUGCACUCAGGCAAUCAGGCAGCCGAGGCCAGGGUGAUAUGUUCAACGACCACUUUUUGCCAUCAUCAUGCGAUUUUGCCACCGACACCAAUGCUAACUAGUUGAUACUCGGUUGAGACUAUAACUCGGUGUACUUUCCAAACUUCCUG